AUGGAUAUUAUGAACAUGUUCUUCACGGGAGAUGGCGUCCGCCUAAGGUAUAACCAGACGGGGCCGAGAAACGGCCAGCAGCUACUCUUCGUCACGGGAUGGCGCCAGGCCGCAGUGGAAUGGCGCAAGCAAGUGGAAUGCUUCUCUUCGGUCGGCUUCCGGGUCACCACGUUCGACAUGCGCUGCCAUGGCGAGUCCGACGAGCCCGGUUUUGGCUACCGCGUCAGCCGCUUCGCCGCCGACCUGAACGAUGUCCUGACCCAACUCGACGCCAGGGACGUGACCGUCAUUGGACACUCCAUGGCAGUCACGUGGGCGUGGUGGGACCAGUAUCCCGACGCCCGCAAGCGCGUUGCCAUACUCGUCUUGGUCGAUCAGACGGCCGACAUUUUCAGAGACUCGAGCUGGACCGACGCGCAAGCAGCUCUGAUCUCGGCCAUCUUCACCCCCACGCAGUCUAUGACUUGCAUGUUUACCUCAUCCGUUUCGGAAAGCAACUUCGAAUGGGUCUUGUCGCAGAACAAGAAGACGAGCGUCGUAAACGCAGCCGCUCUGUUACUCGAUCAUUCAUUCUCGGGAGAAGUGAGCGUCUUUCCGCAUGCUGGAAUUGAGUGGAUUGCAACACAGAUCCCGGGCGCCCGGAACUAUACCUUCACGGCUGCCGAGAAGGGCAGCCACUUUGUGUUUUGGGAGAAUCCUGAGAGGUUCAACUAUGUGCUUCUGGAUUUUCUUAAAGCUAGACGCUGA